ACAAUUUUGUAUCUCAAAUUUUUGAUUAAAUUAUAUGUUUGAUUUAGCUGCUGCAACGGGAACUCCAAUAUUGGAAACUGCUCAAGGCCAAUUGGCAUUGCAAUAUCCACAUUCACCAGGAAUUAUGCCAUUUGCUGGACACCAACCAUUGGCUUAUCCUCAGCAGUUCCCAAACUAUGGCCGAAAAUUCUCGAAAGGGAUGCAGAGUGGAGGAGAAAAGGAACAAGAAAUGGAGAUGCAAAGAAAUUUUAUUCUUAAACGAAUGUAUCCGAUGAUUGGACCACGAGUAUUGUCACCACAGCCGGUUGGAAUGAUGGCUUCUGCUAAUCCAUCGCAAGGAGAGACUCCCCAAUUUUCAACAAAUCUUUAUAUGCCACCGCAUCUGGGUACAUCAACUGCGGUACCAACACAUACUAUACCCGUUAAUAGUGUACCACAAGGGUCGGUGGGAUCACACUCUAAUGCUUCAACUCCUCACUCUCAUGCAUCGUCUCCUGUAAAUCAGCCGCCGUCAAACGGAACCCACAUUACUCCUGCUCACACUCCUACCCCAACUGGACAUCCCGGACCGGCUCUCACCCCUCAGCCGAUUGUGUAUCACGGACUCAUACAACAUUCUCUUCAGUCUGGCACUAACGUUCUUAAUUCUACAACCUCCCUGAAUAAUCACAUAGCUCACUUUAAUCAACAUUCCCAUAAUAACCAUCCUAAUUACGAGGCACCAUCACACCCGUUGGUGUUCAUGCCCCAACAAUUUCAUCCAGUAUUUCAGAGUUAUCCUAUCCAUGGCCAGAAUCCCGGCAACCAUACAACUACACCCACCCAGAUAAUACCGCAUAGCGUCAUUCACUCUAAUGCCAUUUCUACAUCAAUGGCAAGUGCUCCUUUUAUACCAAAUCAUCAAGGUAUGUAAAUUUCUUAUAUAAAAUGAGGUAUGCAUUAAUAUUUUUAAUGUUUAUUUUAGCUUAAUUUUAAUAAUAGCCGAAAAUGUCGAAUGAUUUAUUAACAUUGGAUAAAAUAUUCAGACAUUUCUAAGUAAAAGCAUGUGCAUAAAAGAGAUAAAAUAUUAAUUUUUUAAGAUUUUAUUUUAUAAGCUAUGUAUCAUUAAGAACAUUUGAUUAAAGUAAUGGUUGUAAAGUAACUGUUAUUUUUAUGUAAAUCGUAAUACACAG